AUGCCAGACCGUCAGCCUCCACCAGGCACCACCACUGGCACCACCUCUCAACUGCCUGCCGCCGACGUCGACAGCUAUGACUUCGUUAUUGUCGGAGGUGGUACCGCCGGGUGCGUCAUUGCCUCUCGUCUGUCAGAGUACUUACCCACCAAGCGAGUGCUACUGAUCGAGGCCGGCCCUUCGGACUACAUGGACGACCGCGUCUUGCUCCUGAAGGACUGGCUGAACCUGCUGGGCGGCGAGCUGGACUACGACUACCCCACCGUCGAACAGCCGCACGGGAACUCCCACAUCCGCCACUCGCGUGCCAAGGUCCUGGGCGGAUGCUCCUCGCACAACACCCUGAUCAGCUUUAGGCCAUUCGAAUACGACUGCAGACGCUGGGAGGCCCAGGGCUGCAAGGGCUGGGACUUCAAGACCUUCACCAGGCUCCUCGACAACCUGCGCAACACCGUGCAGCCGGUCCACGAGAGACACAGGAACCAGCUCUGCCGUGACUGGGUCGAGACUGGCGCCAAGGCCCUCGGCAUCCCGGUUGUGCACGACUACAACAAGGAAAUCCGAUCUACCGGAGCUUUGCAUCCAGGUAUUGGCUUCUUGUCUGUAUCUUAUAACCCUGAUGAUGGUCGCAGAAGCAGCGCAAGUGUAGCUUACAUUCACCCCAUUCUUCGAGGUGAGGAGCGCCGACCCAACUUGACUAUCCUGACCAACGCGUGGGUGAGUAAGGUCAAUGUCUCCGGCACCAAAGUCACCGGCGUGAACGUGACGCUGCAACAUGGUACCAAGCACACCCUCCAUGCCAAAGCGGAAACCAUCCUCUGUGCAGGUGCUGUAGACACCCCCCGCCUGUUGAUGCUCUCUGGUCUCGGCCCAAAGCAACACCUCUCCAGCCUCGGAAUUGACGUCGUCAAAGACCUGCCCGGUGUAGGCGAGAACCUGAUUGACCACCCAGAGAGCAUCAUCCUCUGGGAGCUGAACAAGCCCGUCCCCGCCAACCAGACCGUCAUGGACUCCGACGCCGCUCUCUUCCUCCGCAGAGAGAAGCCCAACGCAGCCGGCGGCGACGGAGACAUCAUCGACAUCAUGGCCCACUGCUACCAAGUCCCCUUCGUCUACAACACCGAACGUCUCGGCUACGAUGUCCCCAAGAACGCCUUCUGCGUCACCCCCAACAUCCCCCGCCCUCGCUCGCGAGGCAAAUUGUACCUCGUCAGCAAAGACCCCUCGGUGAAGCCCGCCCUUGACUUCCGCUACUUCACUGACCCCGAAGGCUACGACGCCGCCACCAUCGUCGAGGGCCUCAAAGCAGCCCGCCAAAUCGCCGAACAAGAACCCUUCAAAUCCUGGAUCAAGCGCGAAAUCGCCCCGGGCCCCGAAAUCACUUCCGACGAGGACCUCAGCGAGUAUGGUCGUCGUGUUGCACAUACCGUCUACCACCCUGCCGGUACCACCAAGAUGGGCGACGUCAAGACCAACCACAUGGCUGUCGUGGACCCCGAAUUGAAGGUUCGCGGUCUGCAGAAUAUUCGAAUCGCGGAUGCGGGCGUCUUCCCGGACAUGCCCUCUGUUAACCCUAUGCUUACGGUGCUUGCCGUUGGCGAGCGAGCGGCCGAGAUGGUGGCGCAGAAAUGGGGAUGGACCGGAAUGGAGAGGGCUCGUCUGUAA